AUGGAACCAUCUCUAGCGUUGGAGUUAUCUGGUAGGUCGUAUGAGGAUUCAGUGAGUUUGGUAAUCAAAGGGCAGGAUAUUGAGCUACAAAGAAUCAGCAAGAUUAUGACAAGCAUAGAUCUCUCAAGUAACCAUUUUGAAGGUGUCAUUCUGAAAACACUAAAGGAUCUCAGUUCACUUUGGCUACUCAAUUUAUCCCAUAACAAUCUCAUAGGUGCUAUUCCAAUGGAAUUGGGGCAAUUGAAUACGCUUGAAGCUUUAGAUCUCUCCUGGAAUCGGCUCACUGGAAAAAUUCCGCAGGAAUUGACAAGAAUGAACUUUCUGGCCUUAUUAAAUAUAUAA